CAGUUCUUGUCCGUUCUUCAAAGAUGCAUCAGUGUUUGGUGGUUGGACCCAGUGCAAGCUGAUGACCUACGGUGGGAUGUGUGUCGUCCGGGCUGCUUUUAACAUGUGAAAAGAAGAAACUAACUAGCGGAGUAACUUUAAGAACUUCGUAAAGAGACUACGGAGAAAAGUUUUACAGCGGAGCAAAAUCGUUGAAAGGAAAUAAGUUGUCGAAGUUAGCUCCAGAGGCCUGAGUGCCAUGCCAGAGGGGUCCCUUUCUGCUCUCCACCAGGGCUCAAUGGAGGAAGAAUCUCCACAGUCGUCCUCUCCCCUCUCUGCAAGCGAACAUGACCAGGCAAAUGUUGACUUGGGCCCAGACUGUUACAGCCAGCUGUGUGUGGAGCCACUGGACGGAGAGGGUGAACGUCCAGUGAGCCUGGUGUCCACUCUCUCCUCUGGUUCAUCCCGUGACAGUCACAGCCUUUUUGGCAGCAUCGUUGCCCUUCCUUCCUCCACCACCCCACCCAUACCGAGUGAGGAGGACAUAGACUUGGAGCUGAGCCCAACUGAAGGCACAGAAGAGCAGGCAGGGGACCAGAGUUCCACCCUCACAGGGUCCACAGGCCACUGGCAGGAGCGACUGGGGCCGAGGGUGGUCAGCAACCAGUGGAACAACAACAACACCACCUCCAUCAGGAAGGCAAGUGGUGAAAUUUCUCACAUCCCUGCCUCGCCUGUCGUUACGGACACCAUGGCGCCCAACCCCAAGCUUACCUAUGUGGACCGUGUUGUCAUGGAGAUCAUUGAGACAGAGCGCAUGUACGUCAAGGACCUACGCAGUAUUGUGGAGGACUACUUGGCUCACAUUAUUGAUAUGAGUAACCUUCCCAUACGGCCAGAGCAAGUGUGUGCGCUGUUUGGAAACAUAGAGGACAUCUAUGAGUUCAACAGCGAACUGCUGCAGUCCUUAGACAUGUGUGAGAGUGACCCUGUGGCCAUCGCUCGCUGCUUUGUAGAUAAGAGUGAAUACUUUGAAAUAUACACACAGUACUGCACCAACUACCCCAACUCCGUGGCAGCACUGACCGAUUGCAUGAGGAGUAAAACUUUGGCCAAGUUCUUCAGAGAUCGGCAGGCUGCUUUGAAGCGCUCCCUCCCUUUGGGCUCCUAUCUGCUAAAGCCAGUCCAGCGGAUCCUGAAAUAUCACCUGCUGCUUCAGGAAAUUGCAAAGCACUUUGACCCAGAUGAGGAGGGCUAUGAGGUCAUUCAGGAGGCCAUAGACACCAUGACUGGAGUUGCUUGGUACAUCAAUGAUAUGAAGAGGAAACACGAGCAUGCUGUUCGAGUGCAGGAGAUACAGUCUCUUCUGAUCAACUGGAAGGGUCCUGACCUGACCACCUAUGGAGAGCUGGUGCUGGAGGGCACCUUUCAUGUCCUGCGGGCGAAGAACACCCGUACACUCUUCCUCUUCGAAAAGAUGCUCCUCAUUACCAAGAAAAGAGGGGAACACUAUGUCUACAAGAUCCACAUCUCAUGCUCCACCCUAAUGCUGCUUGACAGUGCCAAAGAUCCCCUGCUCUUCAGUGUCAUUCAUUUCAAGCAUCCCAAGCAACCCCAUACAGUACAGGCCAAAUCUGUAGAAGAGAAGCGUCUGUGGUCGCAUCACAUUAAGAGGCUGAUUCUUGAGAACCACAACACCAUCGUCCCACAGAAGGCAAAAGAAGUCACCCUGGACAAUUCAAACUAUCCAGGGAAGUACCACUAUAGUCCUGAGAGGCUGAAGAAAGCAGAUUCCUACCAUGCCGACAGCUUCCAUCUUGGAGGGCGAAAUGGGAGACGAAGAUCAGAGCCUGCAAAACAAAUCAUAAGGAGCACAAAAGCUGUUUUGAAGCAUGCAGACAGUGAGGGUGCACUGCUGGGGGAGAGGUGCUCCCUUCAGCCAGCCACUAGUGUCAGUACGCUGACCUCCAGUCUAGGCGAGCCCCAGGCUGAGAGGCCAUGUGUGAAGGAUCUAAUUCCCAGAAGGGACUCUCUGGUGCAGCUAAGUCCUACUGACAGUGACCCGAAAGUGGGCUCUUCACCCAGUGAGGGGGGGCUGGAGCUGGAUGAGGAGGAGGAGGAGGUGGAGUGUUACAAGGAAGACAUACUGAUGGGAGACGACCAGGUAGCCGACUUUGCCAGCUCAGUGCUGGCAGCCAUCUCCUGCUGGCACUAUAAAGCCAGGGCUUUGCUUUCUACUCACUUCACAACGGAUGAUCAGAACAGAGAUCUGGCUGAACUGAAAAUGAGUGAGGAGGUAGAAACUCAGAGGCGGGAAGAAAAACACUUGGAUGUGGCUGUGAAAGAAACUCUCACCACACAGGUCAAUGUGGAGGAGCUGUGCUCUCAAGACUUUGUCCCUCAAGCAAGGAAGAAGAGCAAUCAGCUGGAGGUGCAUCACUCCCAGCUCCCCAAGACUCCCGUCUCCCCUUUGCAACAGGAAGCCAACACGUCAGAAUCUCAGGAAAGCUCAAGAGAAACUGGAGAGGAAGAAGAAGGGGAGAGUGAUUCCUCAGGUCUCCAAGCGGAGGAGACGAGUGUGCUGAUGAAUGGGGAGCUCUCAGAGGAGGAAGAUGAGGUACUUUCAGGCAAUAAAAGCCUCCUACCUUCCUCUGUUUUGGACCAGGCAAGUGUGAUCGCUGAGCGCUUCAUCAGCAGCCUGUCCAGACGGAGCAGUCUGGUUUCAGAGGACUUGGGUUCCCUUGCCUGCCCCUCACCCUCGACAAAUAAUGACAUCUUCAAAAGCCCUUUAGCUUGCAUGAACUUAGAGAAACAGACCCAAAUGCUGGCCAGCUCUACCCCAGAGCCAUGGGUAACCCCACCAAAUCUGCCAACCCCUGCUAAUGAACCUGCACUCAGUGCCCUCAUUGAAGGGGAGCACAGGUCCACUCUUUCUAAACAAGAUCGCCUCCUCAUCCAUAAGAUCAGAAGAUACUACGAGCAUGCCGAGCACCAAGAUGCUAACUUUAGCAUCAAGCGCAGGGAAAGUCUAUCAUAUAUCCCAGCAGGUCUGGUCCGGCUCCUUAGCCGACAGCUCAACAGUGGUCCUCAGGAACAGCCUGUCCCAGUUCACCGGAAAGGCCAGUCUCGCAACCGGCCUACUUCCUGGUCUGUGUUUGACCUUCCUGGCUUAGACAAGAGUCAAAACACUGACAUUCAUAAAAAAACUGACACAGAGAGACCAGUGGAAGCCAAGGCUAGAUUACACAGCAUCACAGAUGCAGCUACCACAGAAGAAGAGUUCAGUUCUUCAGCAGAAGAUCUCAAGGGUUGGGAAGAUGUGGAAAUGAAGGAAGAGAACCAGAAAGUUCAGCAGAUUGCAGAGGAGAACUCUAGAUUAGAAGCAAUACCAGAUAACAGCUCAGACAUAUCAGAUGUUAUAACCAAUGAGCAAAUGCUUCCAAUUUUGAAAGAGUCUGAAACAAGCACUGCCUCAGAAGUCUCCUCCAUCUCAUCACCCACCACAACCUCUCCAACAGUGGAGGAGAGACAAUCCUGUCAGGACUCUAAGUCCCCCAUGUCUCACGAGAAGAGCCAUUUCAACCAUGGCCACCUACCCAAGAUCAUUAAUUUUCGAACAAGUAUGGAUGAGGACCAGAUCCUACAAGACAUGGGAAGGAUGAAAAACAAGGUGUUCCAGCUGGCACGUCAGUACAGUCAGCGCAUCAAAAAUAACAGACCAAUGGUCUGGCAGAGGAACCGAGAAACCGCAAAUCAACAAGUCUUCAAGAAUAUGCCUGCUGUCCAGGAGGAGAAAAAGGGUAAACCCAACCUGAGAUUGCCCUUGAACACUUGUGACCAGGCGCUUAUCCAUGAAGAGCAUUCUCCAGACCCAGCCCAGACCCACACAUCUGGAGCCAGUUCCGAGAGCACAUUUACUCACCCACAAAGUCCUCAGUCAGACACCUUCCACUGGCCCGACGUACAGGAGCUGCGCACCAAAUAUACCUCCCAUUCUUCUAAAAUAACCCAUAGCUGCACGGUGUCAGACAGGAUGGAGUGCUGUGCAAACAGGUGUAAUGGCUGCUCACGCAAGUACAGUAGCUCCUUGGACCUUCCCAAAGCCGUAACAGGCUGCCCAAGGACAUAUUCUGAAACAAUACAUAAGAAAGAGUGUCCUGUGGUGGAGGACUGGCCCCAGCUCCAGCCCCUGUUGUGCAGGUGGAACUCCUUGGACCACAUGCUUGGGUCUCUUCCCCUCCAUGAAGUGCAGAACCUUCAGGAACCUCUGAGAACCUGCUACACAGCCAGUCAGGUGUCUCUGGUUACAAGGGAAACUGGCAAAUUGCAGAAUGAGGACAGAAUUCAUCAGGAGGGCUCAGACUGUACCACCAAAUCUGCUGUCUUGAAAUUGACAGAAAGUAAUCUAGUGAAAAGCUUACGGGAGAAGUUCCAAAGCUUAAGCACAAGCUCGUGAAUUUUAUACAUUUUUAUUAUCGGGGGCUUCACCUUCCAUCACAUGGAAGAAUUAUCUGCCAGUUAACUGGUGCUUCUCAAUUCUCAUUUUCCUGUUUUUCCCCAAAAGAAUGCAACUUGUGGUGUACACAUUGUUUUCAGUAUAUGGAUCACAGUGAUGAUGUUGGCACCAUAGAAGUUAUAUUAUUGGGUAUUGGUGAGGGCAAUGAAGGGAAAAUAUAUUGCCUCUAAAAAUGUUUUGUGUAAUAUUUGUACAUUGGGUAGGUGCCUGCACUGUAAAACACACACUUGUGUUAAAAUAUGUAUAUAGUCCCCUGUAUCAAUUGAAGAUUAGGUUCUACUUCAUUAUUAUAUCCAUCUCUCUGGUUCCCUCCGGCAUUUGGUGAUUCUUGCUACAAUCGCUACAUUAUUAUAUCAUUUAACCAUGUAAAUUGUCAGAUAGAGUUACAAGGAAAAGCAAAAAAGGAGCUUAAGUGUCAUUGACGAGAGAGAAGUCUCUGAGUGUUCACCAAAGAGGGUUUCCUUUUGACAUUUGUUGAAUUUUAAGGCAUGUGGUCACAGCAGUAAUUUGCUUCCACAUCUACUGUAGCUGCUUCUAAAACUAUUUUCACAUACUGUAUCACUGGAGCUUUAUUCUUCUCAACAAGCUGUAUAUUUUCUUUAAUAUUAUUUAUGAAACUGUAUAUUUUGGAGCAAUCGUCCUCAUGUAAAUACUGACAAGUGGCAACCCUUUUUACUUUUCCUUUCCAGAAAAUAUAUUGUUUCAUACUUGAAGUUUCCUAUAUUUUCAAUAAAAACAGAGAUGGUUAAGUGUU